AUGGUCCUAAAGGUCGAUUUAGCAAAGGCUUAUGAUAGAAUCAGGUGGGGGUUCGUACGAGAUACUCUAGUUGCGGCAGGGGCUCCUGAUAAGUUUGUAGAGUUGACGAUGGCGUGCAUCUCCUCGGCAUCAAUGCAGAUUCAGUGGAAUGGGGGCCUCACUGAGAGCUUCCAACCAUCUAGAGGUUUGAGACAGGGUUUCCCGCUCUCCCCGUACAUCUUCACACUGUGCAUGGAAAGACUGAGACAUAUCAUUGCUGACGCAGUCCGGGCAGGAAGAUGGAAACCGAUAAAGUUAUCGCAGGAUGGACCGACCCUCUCGCACUUGUUCUUCGCGGACGAUCUGAUUCUGUUUGGCGAAGCGACAAGAGCUCAGGUACAGGAGAUUAACGCUUGCUUUGAAAAGUUUGGAGGGUCAUCGGGUCAGCAGAUUAGCAGACUGAAAUCCCGGGUUUUUUUCUCGGCCAACACUACAGCCGAUUGCCAGCAGAGCUUGAGCCAUGAGCUCCAGAUUCCAGUGACUUCGAACUUAGGGAGGUAUUUGGGGGUGCCGGUAAUCCAUGACAGGGUCUCAAAAUAUACCUUCCUGAACCUCAUUGAUCGGAUAGACAAGCGACUGGCAGGCUGGAAGGCGUCCACACUGUCCCUAGCUGGCGUAUAA